CAAAACGGAGGAGCCCGCCGGCCCCACGAUGUCCUCGGAGCCCGGCGCCCCAGCGGCAGUGCCGCCCCUGCACUCCCCCAAGUCGCCGGUGUGGCCCACCUUCCCCUUCCAGAGGGAGGGCAGCCGCAUCUGGGAGCGGGGCAACCUCCUGCUGCGGGACCUGCCCAGCCCCCUUCCCACCAAGAGAACCAGGACCUACUCAGCGACGGCACGUGCCUCUGCCGGCCCCAUCUUCAAGGGUGUCUGCAAGCAGUUCUCACGCUCCCAGGGCCACGGGUUCAUCACCCCCGAGAACGGCACAGAGGACAUUUUCGUCCACGUGUCUGACAUUGAGGGAGAGUACGUCCCCGUGGAGGGGGAUGAGGUGACAUACAAGAUCUGCCCCAUCCCUCCCAAGAACCAGAAGUUCCAGGCGGUGGAGGUGGUCCUCACCAACCUGGCACCCCACACGAAGCACGAGACAUGGUCUGGACAGAUCAUCGGCUCCUAAGGCGCCUGGGGGGGCUGCCGGCCGCUCAGCCCCAUGGCACAAGCCUGCC